UCUACUCGGCUAAACUUCUUGGAUCUUCUACAGCUUGCAACUUGUUUUCCCUGCUUCCUUCCUGCAACCUGCUAGCUUUCUACCUUUCUUUUCUAUUUUUUUUCUUCUUGAAUCCUUCUUCUACAGGAGGUCUCUGCUGGGCACCCGUACUCUGCAGCCACCCUGCAACCGAAGCUCACACCCAUACCCUGAAUCCGCGGCAUCUUGCUCAACCUCAUCUUCAACACGCAACAGUGACAGCAUUAGAGAACAGAUCACCAUCCAUCAAUCACUUGGCACCAUCUCCUUCUUCAGAUCUCUGCAUCAUCUCUCUCACUCUCUCUCUCUCGUUCUCUUUUUUUGGUUUGAGCAGUAACAGACAGACAGUGGGAAGCUCAACCAUUCUUCCCCUCACCCCCAAAUUGCUUCGAUCAAGUAUAUUGCUGCUACAAUUGAAAUUUCUGCAUCUUCAAUCUGCGAUUAACAAAUCUUCUCCGCCCAAUUUCAACAAAUCGAAAUCAAAUUGUGAGAUUUCCAACUCAAGAUCUGAAUGGGAAAGGUAGCCGGCUGGAAGGAGAGAGGGAGUCUGAGAUGAUCAUGUUCGUGAAUUUGUGAACCAGCUAGAAGAGAAGCAAGGUGGUUGUGAUGACGGUGAGCUGGUGAUGGCGUGUCUACAAGUGUUCAGAGAGGGAGAGAUGAAGAGAGCCAGUGGGGGAAAGAGAGAGAGAGAGAGAAAAAUGGAGUUGGCUGCCGCAAAAGCUAGGAGAAGCUCUGAAGCAUCACAGUGGCUGUCGCAGGGAGGAAAGAAGGGCCAUGCUCAGAGGACAAAGAGGGACUGAGAUGAUCAAGAAUCUGUGUUGCAUGAGGAAGGAAGAGUAGCACGUGGCACAAAGAAGUGGGUGGUGAUGUUGAUGGAGUUGUCCAUAAGAGGAUUGCAGGGCAUGGCCUGAAAGUUACUUGGGAUCGGUGGAAUUGUCGCCUCAAUUUAGAUCAUAAUUUGGGGGUGCUUAACGGAGCUCAUCUGUCACGUGAAAUUUCCGUCAUAGUUGACACAUGUCAAAUGAUGGCAUAACUAAAAUAUCAGAUAAAAUGAAAAUUAAGGGACGAAAAUAAUGACAAAAAUUUUUGAGAGACCAAAACCGAUGAUAAUGGAAUCUUUUUAAGUAUCAAAACCACUCCUGACUCUUGUUAUAACACUUUUUAUAUAGUGCACUAACCCUGGAAAUGAAAUGAUAUACUAAGGAAAGACCCAAAACUUUCCCGGAGUACGGGUCAAGAGAAGUCAACGUCAUCCCUUCACAGAGAGAGAGAGAGAGAGAGAAGAGAGGGAAGGCCAUGGCAGUUCUAACAGCUACUUCGACUUUGAUGGCGGUCGCCACCAGUUCGGGCAAGCGCUUCUCGGCACCACCGUUUCGGGGCCGCGCCUCCUCUUUGCCUCAUCUUCCACCGCGGCCGCCUUCUUGUUCUCCUUCUAAUAAGCGCUUCUUCUUCUCAGAGUUGACUUUGUCGAGAGAUUCCACCCAGUUGCAACCUACCAUGAUCAAAGCUUCUUCCUCAGAAGAGACGUCCAGUACUCUUGAAGUUGAAGAGGUGUUUACUGAUCUGAAGGAGCAGUGGGAUGCUAUUGAAGACAAGUCCUCAUUGUUAGUUUAUGGAACUGGAGCUGUAGUUGCAGUUUGGCUGUCAUCUGUUUUUGUUGAUGCUAUCAACUCAGUCCCCUUGGUCCCCACGCUCAUGGAAUUGGUGGGACUUGGAUUCACGGGAUGGUUUAUUUACAGAUAUCUUCUCUUUAAGUCAACCAGAAAGGAGCUAGCCAGUGAAAUCGAAGCGUUGAAGAGCAAGAUCACUGGAAGUGAUUGAAGCCCCAGCAACGAAAUAUUGGGCAUCCUCUACUCCACCAUCUCAACCCAUUUAUCCCUCAGGCAAUGCCAGGCCUCUUCCAUUCCCUUCAACGUCCUGUCGCUAUUAGAGUCUGUCAUUUAUUUCAUGCCCUUCUGUGAAGCCGCGAGGAUGUACAAUUGGCACUUUCAGAACAAGCUUGAUGUGAACCGAGUGGAACCUGGAACUUAUCCGCAUCAGAAUCUAUAGAGCAAUGAGUGCAAGCAGCGAUCAUGAGAGACGCCUUCUAUGCAGUGAAGCCUGAUGACGCUGGGUUAUUUAGGAGGAAGUUUUGCGUAUUGUGACAAUUCUGUGUCUGCUGGUCGUCGAGGGUGCGACUCUGUACGUAUGCAUGUCUGUCAUUCUUGUGCGAUGAGGCAACAACAUAAAUGUUCUUUUGAUGGACUGUAGAACUGAUUGGUGAAUGUUUUAUUAGAAAAGGUUUA